CCGAGAUCAGAAAGCGGGCAGGGGUCACCAGCGACUGUCGCCCCAGUAUCGAGCAUCCUCAUAUCAUGAAUAUCAUCAACUUCAACACCUUAUCAGAUACAACAGAGCGAGUUCACCCGAUUCGCGAGCACAAUACGUCUGUGACAGUCACACUAUCUUAUCUCACGAAACAAAUGCUCAUUUAGCGGGCACCUCAAUAGUUACUGUCACUGGUAUCGGUUGGUUGUGAAUUGUGAUGUGCUGAUCUGGUGCUGGGCAAUUCCGGUAUACAGGAUGGUGGAGGGUGCUGAGCCGCAGGAAGUGGAGAAGCUAAGACACAUUCAGGACACAAAUGGACGUACAGACCCGAAGAAUACGACACAAAAUGCACCAGCACCGAGAUACAGGGUAAUUCUGGAACCUGCCCUCAUAGGAGCUAUGAUGGCAAUCAAUAUUGGUCAAACUUCGUUGCAAAACUUCUAUUUGCAAACUGCCUGUACCGUGGAUUUGGGAUACAACAUUAGCGUAUGUGAAACUAUGGCUAAGGAGGACCUCAGCCAAAGAGUGGUAUCUCAAGUGAACAUCAGUCGAAGUUUCGUGGGGUGUCUCAUUGCAACAGUGGUCCUCCUCUUCAUUGGUCCCUGGAGCGACUGCAGCGGCAGACGAAAACCCUUACUCAUCAUGCCGUUGUUGGGAAUGAGCGUCAUGUCCACUGCUGUUCUACUUCUGGUGACGUUCCAUGGCGCGUCAACUGUGCAAGUGCUGUAUGCUGUCCAGAUUCCGAUGUCGCUUGGAGGGAACUUUGGAUUACUGCUGGCAGCUGCGUUCAGUUAUAUAGGUGAUGUGUGCCACGCGACGGGGCGCGACGUGACCCGUACCAUGGGGGCUCACCGCGCCUCUAUCCAGGUGGCGCAGGUCCUGGGGGCAGUCUCCGGCCCGCUGCUCUACCGGCACCUCGGCUUCUACGGUGUGUUUCCCAUUGUUUUAUUGUUGCAGGUGAUGUCCCUCUUAUUCGUGAUCUUCGCGGUCAAAGACGUGAACGUGAACCGCGACAACGACGUGUCGGUGUUCAACUGGCGGCUCCCCGUGAACGCCGUGAGGUGCCUGCUGAAGAAGAGGCACGGGCACCGGAGGAAGAUCAUACUGCUGAUGCUGGUCGUGGCGCUGGGGGAUCGGAUGCUGCUGUCAGCCGAAGUUCUCCUGUCGUACAUGUUUUAUAGAAGAAAAUUUGGCUGGGACGAUGUCAUGUUUGGAUCUUUUCUAGCUUACAGAAACAUUGUAAGCUUCUUGGGCACCCUAGUGAUCCUGACGGUGCUGAAGCGCGGCAUGCGGCUGUCGGACGAGUGCGUGGGCGUGGUGAGCGUCGCGUCGCACGUGCUCAGCGCCUCCGCCCUCAUGGCGGCCCGGACCACCGCUAUUGUGUUUGUUUUGCCGGUGAUCGGCAUCAUAGCCCAGGGCUCGCAGGUGGUGCAACGGCCCAUACUGAACAAACAGAUCCUACCCACUGAACAAGGAAAGAUCUACAGCGUGAUGGGGGCCCUAGAGUCCGCAACGCAGACACUGUCUUCACCGCUAUACUCGUACCUCUACUCCAGAACCGUCACCAGCAACCCUGACGCGUGGAUCAUCCCUGGCAUAGUGCUGGGGCUCCUGCAGCUGGCAUCCUACACCUGGGCUAGGCAUCUCGGCAAGAGCACUAAGUACCAGAAGACUGUAAAGACUGUUGAGCUCAAAGAGAUGGGCAAAGCGGGAGAGGUGGAUAAGCUUUUGUUGGGUAAAGAUGUGAAGGUUGAAGAAGGUGUGAAUAAAGUUUAGAUAGUA